AUGUCGUCAAGAGUGACUCGCUCUUCUGCGAGGCUCUCAGCAGGUGCCGCAAACUCGACUCAUCCUUCAUUCUCCGCCCCUCCUGCAGCUCCAACUCGAUCGCGCAAACGGAAAGCCUCGGGCGGGGAACCCUCCAUCGAACAACCUCCGGCUGUUACCGAACCCACACCUCGAUCACGAUCAAAAAGAAAAAAAGUGGACGAACUUGAAGCAUCUACAGCCUCUGUUCCUGCUCCAGUCGCUCCAGCUCGACGGACACGGGGAAAGGCCACAGCGGCAAUGUCAGGCGCUGGACCUUCGGGUGGACCCUCAGACGACAAAAGCAUCGCAGAGACCCCCUCGACCAGCACAAACAAGCGUCGGAAUGGACGCAAAAAGGACUCUACGGAGGAUGGUCCUUCCACAACCCCAGCACCUUCAAGACGGCGCAGGAAAGCCGUUGCUUUGAAGGAAGACAUUCCCGAUAGUACAGAUAAAGCUACAGAUAAGCCCAGUGUCGAUGCCACAAAAGCAGAGCUCAGUGAGGACGAGAACGACGAUGGACCAGGACAGGCAUAUGAUGAGGAUGAUGAAGAUGACGAUGACGACGACAAUCCGUUCAGUGGAGGAUACCUCAGUCGUGCUGGUGGUGUUGGAGGUCUGUCUAGCACACUUCGUGCUCUGACAGGUAUGAUGUCCGGCGUAUCGUCAAGAUUGCGAACAAUACUGGAGAACCUCCGAGCAAAAGAUGAUCCGUCGCUUCAACUCAUCGCGUUACAGGACUUGUCAGAAUUGCUACUUGUGUCGAAUGAGGACAAUCUGGCCGGCCAUUUCUCUCCCGACCAAUACGUCAAAGAAUUGGUCUCAUUAAUGCAGCCAAAUGACUUCGGCGAAGAGAACCCCGAAAUCAUGCUACUUGCAUGCCGAUGUAUCGCGAAUCUAAUGGAAGCCUUACCGUCCGCGACUGCAAACGUCGUUUACAGCGGAGCGGUCCCUAUUUUGUGCCAGAAGUUGCUCGAAAUUCACUUCAUUGAUCUCGCAGAACAAGCCUUGAGUACCCUUGAGAAGAUCUCAGUCGACUUCCCUGCGUCCAUUGUGCGUGAAGGAGGUCUCACAGCUUGUCUCACGUAUUUAGACUUCUUCGCUACCAGCACACAGAGAACAGCUGUCACUACUGCGGCGAACUGCUGUCGCAACAUACCUGAAGACUCUUUCGGAACAAUCAAAGACGUCAUGCCGAUACUUCUCAAUGUUUUGAGCAGCAAUGACCAGAAGGUUGUCGAGCAAGGUUGCAUUUGUGUUUCCCGCGUGGUCGAAAGUUUCAAAAUGCAGUACGCCAAGCUGGAGGAACUCGUCAGCGCUGAUUUGCUCAAAGCCGUCUUACGACUACUGCUUCCGGGAACUACCAACUUGAUCGGCCCUACGAUCCAUACCCAGUUCUUGCGUGUCUUGUCACAUACAGCUAGAGCGAGUCCUCUGCGAUCAGUCGAACUGCUUAAGAUGAAUGUCGUCGACACUUUAUAUCAAAUUCUCGCUGGGGUAUCUCCUCCAUCAGGCACAGAGGAUGUCGCCACGAAGAUUGAUAGUGUAGUCAUCAUGCAAGCACUUAUACACCGCCCCCGAGAUCAGAUCUAUGAAACCUUGAGCGUCAUAUGCGAACUGCUCCCCGAGGAACAGACAAGCAGCAUAGCAUAUUUAGGUGAUGUACUGGGUCCUACUUUUUCCUCCGAGCUGAAUGCAAGCACCGACAAUAACAAGAAAACUCUGAACGAGAAACGACUGGAGUUACUCAAAGAUUGCCAAUUGGAAGUGCGACGAUUUGCGAUUGUCCUCCUUCCCACCUUGACCGAUGCUUACUCCAGCACGGUCAAUCUCAAUGUUCGUCAACAAGUCCUUCGGGCACAGCUGAAGAUGCUCUCGAAUCUUGAUAUUGGAAUUCUCGAAGAUGCCCUACGUCCCGUUCCGUACGCGUCUUACCUUGCUUCAAUUCUGUCCCAGGAGGAUCAUCCAAGCCUGGUCACAAGUGCUUUACAAGCGGCUGAGCUUCUGUUGAAACGACUGGAACCAAUUUACCGUUACCAAUUCCAUCGUGAAGGUGUCAUUGCCGAAGUGACCAGACUUGCUAACAGACCUAUCAAGAGUUUGGACGAGAAGCCAAAAGGGACAGGCUCUAAGGCCGUGCCUGUUGAUAUACAAGGUAGCUCUGCUAGCUCCAGCUCCAUGGUAGAUGAUGAGAUGGUCGAACAAGCCGCAAUUGAUAUCGCCGAUCCGGAGUUGCCAUCAGAAGAUGAGGACGACGAAGAUCCGGAUGACCCUGAAGAUCGCGACGACUCUGAUUCAGAUUCGUCACAUUCCUCUGAUCGCCGCUACGAAAGCAGUCAGAGUCUGCCAAACAUUGAAGAUAUCAUAACUCUUCGCGCAAAGAGAUUCAAUGAAGCUCACGAGCAGAAAUCAGGACACAACGUUCGAGCCAAGGCAUCCAACAUAUUAGAAGACUUGAAAAGCCUUGCUGUAGAGAUCAAAAGUGCCUUUACGGAUGGUAAACCGGACGAGUGCGUUGGCCUUUUUCAUCGCAUGGCGGAUUACUUCGACGGUGAUGCACUCGAUAGUAUCACCAGCUAUGAGCUCCUGACUUCGAAUAUUGUUGAUAUACUGUUGGAGGUUUUCUCUAAUACUACUAAUGAUUCGGGCUCAUCCGCAAGGGCUGCAUUCCUGGAAGCUUUCAUGGGCUCAACAGUACAAAGCAAGCAAAAGAUAGGUUCCGCCAAUUCUCCGUCGACUCCGUUCAGCAUUCUUGUCAGUAAGCUUCAGGAUCUGCUCAGCCGAGCUGAACAUUUCGAAGUUAUUACAGUGCACCAGAAUUCCUUCGAUAGUAAUCGCAGUAGCCCCGCAUCAAUGCUCGCGAAACAAUUGCGGCUCAAACUCAUUGCAGAUGAUGAUUCCGGAAUUCCUCAAGGCUAUAGGAACAUAAUGGUCUCGAUCCAUGCAAUCGCAACUUUCAAAGCCUUGGACGACUACCUACGCCCUCGCAUUGUAAUUGCGGAUCGGCCCCGAGGCUCUAGGAGUUCAGAGCGGGUUACAAGUGCAAUUGCGGCUUAUGCUGCUGCCCUUGCAAACUCGCGAGACCCUGAUCGACGCAACACCCUUACUGCGCCAGUUCCGACCACCACAGCAGGUACAUCAAGUCGCAGUUCCACGAGGAAAACUUCGAAAUCCAAGCCAGCUUCCUCCGCGACUACCACUCCAGCUCACGCGACGACUUCGGAAGAACCAGCUCCCGUCCGUCGAUCUGCUCGUCGACAGCCUGCUCAAUCAUCACCUGCGCCGCCUCCACCGGCGCCCCAGCUGGGAGACUCACAAGACCCACUCGAGUGUGCAGACGAAACCCAGCUAACCGAUGAAGAUGACGAGAUGGAGAGCGCAAGCGCUGCUCUAAACUCCAUUGUGGAUGAUCUUGAAGAUGAUGAUAGCACCGAGGAUACUACUGACCCCUCUGCUGUAAACGUUGAAGUAGCAUCCACGGGCAAAGUGACUGCUCACAAGGAUGAUGGUACCAGAGUGGCAACUCCUUCACAAAACACACCUACAGCACGCCCUUCUCCAGCUGACCGCUUGAAUGCUCGUGUCAGCGCUCUUUCACGCGCGAUGUCAUCACAGACCCCUCAAAGCCUGCCAACCUCCUCGUCUCGUCCAUCUUCAUAUGCUGCAGCUCUCCAAGCCACGCCGCAGGACUGGCAUAUCGAGUUCACGGUGGACGGGCAGCCAAUCACCAACGAAACUACCAUUUACCGUGCUGUUCACUUUCAACAACUGCAAUCGGAUGACAAUGGACCGCGACCAGUUUGGAGUGCAAUCCAUACAAUUAAGUUCAAGCGGGUAGAAGGUCCACCACCCGUCGAGUCGACAUCACUUCAUGCGCACGGCGAGCAAGCCAGAGUUCAUGAUGGCUUGCCGGCAUCUUUGGCCAAGCACCCGGCAACAGCAUCGAUUUUACAACUUCUGAGCAUUCUCCAUGAUAUGAAUUCGAACUUGGACGAUGUCCUCGCCGAGGAUCAAAUAGCAAGCAAACUGAAACCUGAACCCGUGUCCCAGUUUGUCAAUACCAAAUUGACCGCGAAGUUAAAUAGGCAAUUGGAAGAGCCACUGAUUGUAGCAAGCAAUUGCCUGCCAUCGUGGAGCGAAGAUCUCGCGAGGCUCUAUCCAUUCUUAUUCCCAUUUGAGACUCGGCAUCUCUUCUUGCAGUCGACUUCCUUCGGAUACUCUAGGUCAAUGACGCGAUGGCAAAGUGCGCAGACGUCCAAUGACUCCCGCUAUGAUAGACAUCGCGAUGAACGACCAUUCAUGGGCAAAAUGCAAAGGCAGAAGGUGCGGAUCUCACGUACUAGAAUUCUCGAGUCAGCCAUCAAAGUCAUGGAAUUGUAUGGAUCUUCUCCAAGCAUUCUUGAAGUCGAGUACUUUGAAGAAGUCGGCACCGGCCUCGGCCCCACUUUGGAAUUCUACUCGACAGUCUCCAAGGAGUUCUCCAAGAAGAAGCUCAAGCUGUGGCGGGAGAAUGAAUCAAAUGAAGAUGAUGAGUAUGCUUUUGGAAAACAAGGGUUGUUUCCUGCACCGAUGAGCGAGGAGCAGGCUGCCAGCGAGAAUGGGAGGCGACUGCUUCACCUUUUCAAGAUGCUAGGCAAAUUUGUCGCACGAUCUAUGUUGGACUCACGCAUUAUCGACGUUUCCUUCAACCCAACAUUCUUCCGUGUCGGAGACGGCGCGACGGCUGUUACCCCAUCCCUUGGCGCCGUUAAAUCGGUAGAUGCUGAUCUCGCUCGGUCCCUGAAAAUGCUCAAGAAGUUUUCCAUGGCAAAGAAAAAGGUUGAUGAGAAUGGAACAUUGAGCGCUGCUCAGAAGGUCGAAGCGGCUCAAGCUAUCACGAUUGAUGGCGCACGAGUUGAAGACCUCGGUUUAGACUUUACCUUGCCAGGUUACCCGGAAAUUCAGCUGCAGCCAGAUGGUGUCAACACGCCUGUGACUAUCGACAACGUCGCGAGUUACGUAGAUAAAGUACUCGAUCUUACCUUAGGAAGUGGUGUCAAAGCACAAAUCGACGCUUUUGGUGCCGGCUUCUCUCAAGUGUUCCCAUACUCAUCAGUGAAGGCAUUCACUCCAGAUGAGUUGGUCAUGCUCUUUGGGAGGGUGGACGAGGAUUGGAGCCUGGAAACAUUGAUGGAUUCUAUCAAGGCCGAUCAUGGUUUCAACCUCGACAGUAAAAGUGUCCGCAACCUCUUGCACGCUAUGAGUGAGCUGUCUGCUCCCGAGAGACGCGACUUCUUGCAAUUUGUCACGGGCAGCCCCAAGCUCCCCAUAGGAGGUUUCAAGAGCCUCACACCAAUGUUCACUGUGGUGUGCAAGCCCAGUGAGCCUCCUUUCACAUCUGAUGACUACUUACCCAGCGUCAUGACGUGUGUCAAUUACCUCAAGAUGCCAGAUUAUUCGAGCAUGGAAAUCCUUCGCAAUAAACUCAACGUCGCUAUCAAAGAAGGUCAAGGAGCCUUCCAUCUAUCUUAA